AUGCGCUUCUUUCUGCAAACCUGGGCAAUCACUUUUCUUCUUGGCAUUUUCCUCGAUUCAUCUCUUCUUAAUGAUGAUGAUAAGGAAACCUCUACUCUCAGGCAUAAGAAUACAAUCCUUAAGAUCCGAUCUUGUGUUACAAUUGAUGACCCAGAAUUAGUUGCUAAAUUUCAGAAUCUAUUCGAUAAAGACUCCUCUGAAGUCCUUCUAAAGCGCUAUAAAUGUGUAUAUAUCAAUCAAUCUAAUGUUAUUUUUGGGAAAAUGUAUAUAUCCAGCAAUUAUCUUUGCUUUGUGGAGAGCAAACUCCGCAAGUUAGAGCUCGUCAUUCGACUAGAGGACGUGGAGGACUACACUACAGAUGAUAAUGGUGUGAACAUUUUUGCUCACGGGCAAAUUCACACCUUCAGGGAAUUUAGCAGUGAAUCGUGGUUGGGAUUUCUUUCGAAUUACCUUAGACUUAUCAAAAAGACAAAUAACCCUGUAAAGUUAGAGGUUGGCGCAGAUUAUUCCUCUAUUAGUACUUCGAUCUCUUCACUUUGCCAUAGCAAUGCUUCGAUUGGUACAAGUAUCCUGAAAUCUACUGAACUGAGCCAAUGCCCCUUGUCCACAAAGAAUCCCAAAGGCCAAAACAAUUCACCACUGCCUCAAUCCUCUUCGUCGCAAUUACCCCAAACUCCCCAGCUUUCCGCUCAUCGCGUAUCGAAUUUGAAAACCCCGCUGGACAGUACAAUCACUAUGGUGUCUGAUGUGGCCUACAAGGCUUCAUGCAUCCCCCUCCUCAUUCUUACACGAGUUCUCAGUUUUGGAAUGGGAAUUGCCACGAGUUCCCUUCAAAUAACCGCUCCCUUCAACUUUCUUCCUCCUCGUGCUUUUACCAAGAAUAUCGCCUAUUUUGUAUUGGCUUUUCUAGCCAUUUCUAUGGCGUAUAUCUAUUGUCACUUGGAAAAUCUUCCCAUAAAUGAUCCUACUUGGACAGUGUUCGGAUCAUCCCGCAGCAAUGUUGGGUCUGGAUUCGAUUGUCGAGGAGAGUUCGAGAAACUUGUCUCUUCGUUACAUUCCCUUUCGGAGACGCUUCAAAAGUUGGAAUCCCGUCUAAUGGAGGAUGAAAUGAUGACGAAUUUGGGAACAGGUCCUUGA